AUGAAUCGUGUUCAUGUUCAAGAAAUCGAAGAGCGCGCAGUGAUUGGAGGCGUUGAAGUGGCGAAGAAAACGGUGAUAGCUGCCUCGGAUGAAGGGUGAGAAAAUUAUGCCACCAGAAUUCUUGUUUCAUAUUACAGAACGCGAUCGGCAACAUAGUAGUAAGAGAUGCCGAUUUUGAAGGGGUAAAUCCAAAUGCUCUUAAUGUUAGAGGUUAUAGGUUUCUGAAUCUGAAAGUAUACUUCAUUUACAAAUAACAUUAAGCAAGGGUAUAUAAGUACCUAAUAUAGUCACCUAUGAGAGAAAGCAGCUAUAGGGCCAUUACUAUAAGUCUUGUAUCAGAUAUAUCCAUACGCCUCGGAAAGAAGUAAUUUGUUUGUCAAGUGCGGAAGUAGAUGGGGUAAUAUGAUCUUCUAAUUAAACGUAUUACCGGGCUCUUGCUGGUAUUACCAAUUGUCACUAAAUGUAUAACUAAUUAGUUGAUCUUCAUAUUUUGGACUGGAUAAUUCUUAGGAUAAUUCUUAAUGGGAAAAAAAUACCGUUUUCUCAAUAGUAAUCACAGAUUGUGCAACCGCUUCAUAGAAAGAUUGGUUGCCUAAAGGCAUUUCAUAAUGACGAGUAGGCAACUUUCUCUUUCGAUGUCAUAACGGUUCCGAAUGGGUUCCCUCAUCCCAGGAUCAUUGUCUUGGUGAGUUUGUGAAAAGCAUUCCUUAUCAUUAAGGAUGCCAUAAAUGUUUGAGAAUCAUGUGUUGAUUAUUAUCCGGGGAAUGAAAUCCUUUUUGCUUUUUGCCUUAAAAUAUGAAGUCACAAGUCAUAAAAUGAUUCAUGAGUCAUGAGGAGACACAAAGGGCUUGCACUGUAAGUAUCCCGGAAGGCUCCAUACAAUUCCUUAUAAUUUUGUUAUAAGGAAUUGUAUGGAGCCUUCCAGGAGACUUUUCUUCAUUAGCUUAGGCGCGGCGGAUUUUGUCACGUAUGAUCAGCGCGAGGUGUUUUUCCCGACACCCUUCUGUCAGGAAAAUGUCAUCAUAUGAAAGCAAACCAGACACGAUCGCGUCGGCAGGCCGAAGCAAUGAACAGAACUUGUUUUAUCAAAGAAAUAACCUGAUCGAAUUUCUGACCAGAGUCAGCGGAUAGAGUGACCUGUCGCAGCUAGCGCUCUAGCCAGGUCACUUGUACUGAGAAAACGAAAACUAAUGACAUGUCGGACGGUUGGAAAUUGUAAUAUGUUAAGCAAGUGGUCUUGUUAAUUAAUUGGUCGAGUUCACUUUUUAGCAUUUGCAUGAAUUCUCAGUCACAGGAGCGGAUAAAAUUGCGUAAAAUCCUGACACAUGAUAUUAAACCUGAGGUCAUUUUUUUUUCCUUUUUUUGAUUGUACAAAAAAGAAUAAGCAAGAGCCGAAGAGAAACAAAUAAACAAAAACUACUAGUCAGGCCUAACAAGUUUUGUAAAGAAGAAAAGAAAAAUAUUGAAUCGAAUGGCAGCUCGUCAAACUUAAUUAAUCUGCUGGCCCUAAAAUUGCAUUCAUUACCGGCGGUACUCAAAAAAGUUCUAUAUCGGGAGGCUCCGCCCCGACGUCCUAUAAACAUAUCAUGUUUUGGCAUUUAGAAAAGGUACCCCUUUCGUAUUCCCGUUCUAUUGACAAAUGAUACCCCUUUCACAUACUUAGUUAAUUAAUUAAUAGACCUUGGAUCCUUUUUAACUGCUGUAAAUGCACUAUCUUAAAUAUAUUUAAAAAACUCAAACCAAGACGUUUUUUUUCACAGCCAUAAAAUACUCUUGUUAAUCCUUUUAGGCCUUUUGCAGACCAAAAUGACAGAACUUCCUAUCCUUUGAUAUACUUCUGAACUCGUGAAAUCCCAACCCUUUCAUAUAUCUAAAGCCUGAAAAAGGUGCCCCAUUCAGGCGGAACCUCAACGUACUAUAGGUCAUUAAGAGUACCCCCAGGCAUCCAUUCGUGUCUAUGAAACAUUCUUUAAAAAAACUAUGUCAGAAGUCAGAAACUAAACCCUUCUUCAUUGUUGCAUGAAUUAAUAUUACUCGUGGACAUUAAAGAUAUUUGUUUCACGUCUCCAGAUCCUAAAUUUCCCUCUCAACCUCUCAAAAUAAUAGUCAAUUACUAAGGGGUACUAAUGUGCUAUGAUUUCUUUUUUCUCCAUAUUGUUAAUAGCGUUAUCGCUUAUCAGGUGAACUCUGUUCAAGCAGCUGGAAGGUAAAACUAUAAAUUUUGCCAAAGCAAAUGAAUAUUAAUAUAGUCUGUAGCAGGCGCACGAAAAAUCGAAAAAAUAUAAGGGCUCAAAUAAGAGUAGUGAUUAAUAAUUCUUCCACACUGCUAUAAAGCUUAUAAUCUGAUCCUUUUAUAAAAGCGCCAAUGAUAGCUUGAAGUCUGUUACUUGGAUUAUCGUUAUUUUCGCCACACUUCUUGUAACUGUAGAUAUUGGCACCGUUAAAAUUAUGUGGCGUGUAUGUGGCCUUAUAGGUCUUAUUGUAGUGAGCGUUUGGAGCGCAAAUAACACACUGUAUCUGACUUUGAGUAGCACUGAACGCAACCAAUUCGUUCUUAUCUAAUCAGUAUGGUUUCAUUAGUAUCAUAUAUAAUUAUCAUCAUCAUAGUAAUAACAUACUUAUAUCAAUGAUAAUAUGGCGCAUUUAAUCGUCAUCAUCAUCAUUAUUAUCAUUGGUAUUAUUUACAAUGCAUUAUGUUUUUUUAUUUUUUUCUGUUGCGGCAUCUGGGCAUCGUGUUCGUUCGCGAUUACAAUGAAUAAAUCAUCACAACACCUUUUGCACAUUGCAAUGCAAAAAUGAAAAGAUCACUUGAAAGAUACACAUGCUGUUGAGGCGUCCUAACCUGCUCAGCAGGCGCUUGUAUGUAAUAUAGGCGUCCUGUUCUUUCUCACGUCCGUAUUACUUACAGGCUCCUGCUACGCAGGCCGGUGGCGUCCCUGUUAAUUCGACAUAUUAAGUAAAUAAACCAUUUUCCGUCUAUAAGUGAGGAAACUAAGGAAUUAACACAGUCCCAAAUAACAACUCUCUCCAUAAUGGCUAAAUAAAGCAAGAAAUCCAGAAAGAAGAUAAAUGUUAAUAAACCUAUUUGUGAUUGUCUUUACAGUGUAUCUGGCAACCACAACUCGAGUAUAGGGUAUCCUGGCCACGCCCAACGGGCACCAUUACCCAGCUACCCUCAACAGGGGGGAUAUCCUACCUCUAGGCCAGUGGUGAUCGCUGAUCCACCUGAGCGUGACUGCAACUACCACUGUUUUGCUUGUUACGGUGCAUACGAAUGGUACGAUCCCAGGGGAAAAGGUAAAACGCUCCAUUAA